AACCUCGCAAGGCCGGGCUGGGGCUGUGCCAGAGCAGCAGCACCGGGCCGCUCUGAGAGGAACUUCACCCCGCCCGUCCGCCAUGGCCCCUCCGCCCGCCCCUUCCGCCCGCAGCCCCGCCUCGGCCCUGGACCCGCGUGUUGUUUGAUGAUGUUACAGAGCCCCGUUGUCCACUCUACCCCUCUGUGAGAAGUUCUUGUUCUGCACAUGUGGAAGGAGAGCAUAUGUCCCUGCUUCAGCUGCUGCUAUACAAAGCCCAGCAGCAGCGACCCACCUUUGAUGGUACUCCACGCUAAGACUUUGGUUGCUGUAUCAAAGCACAAUUUCCUCCUGCCACCUCGGCUUCCUGUGAGGACAGCUGGAAACACUCGUGUCUUUAACAGCUGCAGCAAGAUUCUAUGAAGCUCGUUGUUAAAGCCCUGAGAGAAGAGACUCUGCAAAUGGAAAGAGUGGCAUCCAGUUUUCCCUGAUUUCUGUUGGAUUUAGGUGCCUAAUUCACUUCUAUACAUACCUUCAUAGUAGCAUCAUUCUAGGCGGGAAUUCUAUAGCCAAUAGAAUUUCUUUUAAGAAGAAAUUGGAGCUUUCCUGGGCAGAGCAUGUAAUAUGGCUUGGAUCAGAAAAAGAACUGAUGCUUCCCAAGGGAAGCAGGACUCUUGAACUGAACAAGUUGGCAGGUUAGGAUUUGACUAUGGCAGUGCGGUUUCUGCGGAAGGCAUCUGUGUGGUUAAAGAAGCACAAGAUCACUGUGGUGGCCGUUUCUUGCAUGGGACUGCUUGGCACUAACCUUUCCUAUCAUGUGUUUCCUGAGCAGACGUUCAAACUGUUGCACGAGGGCUGGUCAGAGGGGCAGCCAGCUGAGCUUUCAGAGCAGCUCUGUGGUGUGUUUCAGGAUGUCCUUCAGGAUACUGGUGUGAAGUCCACUGACUCCUACAGAGCCUUUGCAGCUUCUGGCUUCCACCCUGUGAGCGCUGGAAUUCCCUGGCUGCCCGCAGGCUCUUUGGUGGGCAUCCCACCUAAUUUUGAUAGCACCGCUGAGGAUAAAAAAGGAAUAGUCAACCAUAUUGUUGUAAUAAAUGGCAAGGAAGUAGACUGGGAGAGCAGUGAAGGUGUGGCUUUGAAAGAAGCUCUCACAUUUUCCCUUAAAGCUCAGAAGUUUGCCAUUGCCAGAGAAGUUGUGUAUUUGCAGUCUGCCAGCCCUUUAGUGAGUGCAGCUGUGGCUCCAACUUGCUUGGCUGGGACGUUUGUCUGUGGGAGAGCUCUAAAGCUGCUUCUGGGGUUAUCCACGGGCCCCGUGAUCCUCCGCAGCCUCUGUAACCUUGUCACUGCCAUGGGAGGACUGCUCUGCUUCUAUGUCUCUUCUGACGCUGUCACCUAUCACCUGGACUGCAGGGCCGACAGGAAGGCAGCCAGGCUUUCCAAGGACUACAGCAGAGGUGGCCUUGAAUUCUAUGAUAAAAUCUUGUCCCGCAACAGGAUUUUUCGUGGUCUGAUGGGCAAACAAGGGAUAAAAAUGUAUGCCCCGAGUGGUAACCUUUUCCCAAGGCACUGGUUCAGAAUAAAGUAUACACCAUACACUUACCGGAGAACUUUGAUUCUUAAUAUUUUAAGAGAGCUCGAGGCAUCAGAUGGGAGUGCUUGAAUUUUAAACUUGUGAAUUAUGUAUUUUGGAACACCGCUGUGUUGCUUUUUUUUGUUGUUGGGUUUUUUUCCUUCUGUAUCUUCAUUAGAAUUUUGGGGUUUAUUUUUGCAUAUAGUUCGGGAAGAGUUAUUGCACCUUCCUUGAAUAAAGAAUUCUCUCUUAAAA